GAUGACAUAUAUUAAAACAAAUUGCACUUGUCAUCAUUUCACACCCUCCACCUUCUCUGUUUGCCUUUACCUAGUGCAACCACUCUCCAAAAAUAGGGAAUUUAAUUUUUUUAUUUUUUUUUAAAAAAAGUUGUAGAACCCAGAAAGGGCAAACUUCGCUCUCUUUUAAAGAGAAACUUUUUACAUAGUUUACAAAGAGUGUAUAGAUUUUGUUGGGUUUUACUUUUAGGGUUUUUGGGGGUUUUGAAGAUUCAGGUUAUUGAGACAGAAGAAUUAAUUCAAUCCGUUAUAGGGUUUUAUUCCAUUUAAUCUAAAUUGAUGGUGGUGUUCUGGGUAUUUUUUGGAUUUUGAUUUUUCUGGGUAAAUUAAGUUUGAAAUUGAGGGUAAAAGCAGAGUAAAUAGGAGUUUAAGAUUUUUUGAAAGAAAUGUAUGUGGUUUCUAUGCGAAAGUCUUUCAAGGAUUCUCUCAAAGUAUUGGAAGCAGAUAUUCAGCAUGCUAACACUCUGGCAUCUGAAUUUCCUAGAGAGUAUGAUGGGGCUUGUGUACAAAUGAGAAUGUCGUAUGCUCCUGUUGCUCAUUUCUUUCUUUUCUUGGUUCAAUGGACCGAUUGCAACUUGGCAGGGGCGCUAGGCCUAUUAAGAAUUCUCAUUUAUAAGGUUUAUGUGGAUGGAACCACAACUAUGUCAUCACAUGAAAGGAAAGCAAGUAUAAGAGAAUUUUAUGCCGUAAUAUAUCCAUCCUUAUUACAACUUGAAAGUGGUGUUACUGAUACUGAGGAUAAAAAACAGAAAGUUGUUUGUAUGGAGAGAUACCGGAAAAGAGACGAGGAAGAAUAUAGGCAGUUUACAGAUACGGAUAUUGAAAGGGAGGACGAGUGCGGUAUUUGCAUGGAAAAUUAUAGCAAAAUCGUGCUACCUAAUUGCAACCACGUGAUGUGCCUGAAAUGCUAUCGAGAAUGGCGCACGAGAUCACAAUCAUGCCCCUUCUGUCGAGACAAUCUCAAGAGGGUAAACUCCGGAGAUCUCUGGAUGCUCACCGACAGCAGAGACGUAGUCGACAUGGCAACUUUGACAAAGGAGAAUCUUCGGAGACUGUUCAUGUACAUAGAGAAGCUGCCUCUGAUUGUUCCCGAGUCCUUCUUUGACACUUAUGACUCACACCUUAAAUGAAUUGGGAAUCGGCCCACCCUCUCUACUUUCCUGAAGUGUUAGUUUUUACCUUUGCUACAUAACCUGUUCAUCAGUGCAGCAGGUUCGUACGAAUAUCGGUCUGUCUAGAUCAGUUUAGAAGUACAAAUGUUCUUUUACUGCAUGUCUUUCACUGAUUAUUAUGUGGAACAUUAUCGGCCCGAUUCGUGGUUGGCGAGGGAGGACGGACGGGGCAAGUGCCUUUAUUUCGAGGGGGUUCGUAAUUUGUAUGUAGGAAUAUAUGUAGAUGUUUGUAUAGCUCUGUUAUUCAGGUACAAAAAGAAAGUGUAGAAAGAAAGGAACUCCCUUUUGUUGGUAAUUUUCUGUAUCUUAUUCAAAAUGUUGAAUUUCAAGGCAUUACUGGUUUGGAAUGGAUCA